UGACCCCUCAAGAAAUCUUAUUUGAUGAUAAUGACGAAUAUAUUAAUAAUCAAAAUAAUCAUAUAAUAAAGGAAAUAUUACAUAAAAAACUUGGAACAGAAGUAACUUGGAUAACAAGGCACAUAAAAUUUUGUCAUUUUCUUCUUUUGGAAUAUAUCCAAGAACCAAAAAAUUCUAAAGAUCUUUCAGUAAAAAAAAUUUUUUUGGAUCUCUACUUUAAUGACUUCGGGACAUACCAUACAGUUUAUUAUUCCCUAGGUGGUGAUUUAGAAGUUGUUACAGCAGACUUACCUCAAGGAAAUAAUCUCUGUAGCAUAAAACGACAUGGCACAAAUCAUGAGUGUUGCAAUUGCCUUGUACCUCGAGAACAAUUAUCUGAUAAAAAUUAUAAUCAUCUUUAA